CUUUUUCACAUUGAAUGGGCUCAUAUUAUCAGAAUCAUGUUUUUCAUCAUCAAUGCAUCUUUUACUGUUGAGUGUAUUUAGCCGGUUUACAAGGAUUCAAUUAUAUUAAUGCUGAACAAUAGAACAGUGUCUUGGAUUUUAGAGCAUUCUUCCAAUAAAAAAUCAGUUCAAUUUCAGUUGAAAUGAAUAGAAAUAUUGAAUUGACGCAAGGCAAAAUAACAAUGCAUUAGACCAUAUCAAUAACAACCAUGACUUGCUUUGUCCUGGAUGGGCAAGUUGAUGAACUCUGGUUUUUGUUCUGGUACACUAGCUCUGCUUUAUUUUCUGCUUUCAACAAUGGGAGGCCAGGCCAACACUGAGCUACCAGAUGUCCUAAGGGGCAGCUACAAGGGGUCCUUUGCUUACAAGACUAUCUCAGAAAGAAUGCCAGUCAUUCUUACCAAGGUGAUAGAUCUAUUUCAUAGAGAGAAGAUCAACAUAGAGAACCAAUAUGGAGAUGCAGCCAAGGAGAAGCUGAAACAGAUCAACGGCAGCCUGUCGGAGCUCAAGAGCACCAUGCAGCGCAACAAGCCGCUGCAGCCGCUGGCGGGCGCCGGCGCCGACGUGCCGCUGUGGAACCGCCUGCUGGAGGAGCAGUGGGUCGACGGAGAGCCGCCCGUCUGGUUUGACGCGCCCUGGCUCUUCGUCGAGUGCUACAUGUACCGACGCGUCCGGGAAAUACUCGAAAAUAGCGGCGAGCUGCGGGAUUACGACUACUUUGGUCAGCAGAAGCGGGACACCCUGGAGGCCUCGAUGGCCGCCAUCGAGCUGCUGGGAGAACACCUGCUGGAGAUGGUGGCCGACCCGGCGGCACUCUCCGGCCAGCAGGUCAAACGGGCCUUCUCAGACUUCAUCGGGAUGUCUCUGUGGGCGAACAAGAACGACCUGUCGAUCAGUGCCGGGGCGCACGUCUCGCAGGAGGCGUCUCCGCUGGUGCAGCUGGUCGAACUCAACCACCGAGUGCUGGUCAAUGAUAGUGAGCAGGUGUUCGCGCAGCUGCGGAGACUCCGGGACAAACGCGACGUCAGAAUCGACAUUGUGAUGGAUAACGCCGGUUUCGAGCUGUUCUCGGACCUGUGUUUGGCCGACCUGCUCACCUCCCUGGGUAUCGCUCAGCGGAUGUCGUUCCACAUCAAGGCGCACCCGUGGUACGUCUCGGACACCACGCCGGCAGACGUGCGGCACACACUGCAGCACAUGCAGUCGGCCGAGGGUAAACCCGCCCUCCGCCGGCUCGCCGAGCGGUGGCAGGGGUACCUGGACGCCGGCACGUGGGUGUUUGAGACGGAUACCUUCUGGACCUCUCCCUUACCCUUCAGCAGGAUGGCCAGCGAGGCGCCGGAGCUGUACGCCCACCUCCAGGGGGCAGAUAUGAUCAUCUUCAAGGGCGACCUCAACUACCGCAAGCUACUCGGUGAUCGGAACUGGCCGCACAGCACGGGGUUCUGUGCUUCCCUCGAGGGGUUCCACCCGGCGCCGCUGAUGGCGCUGCGGACCAUGAAGGCGGACCUGGUGUCGGGCCUGGCCCCGGAACGGGAGGCGCUGACCGCGGGUGACCCCAGCUGGAUGGUGUCCGGGGAGUGGGCGCUCAUACAGCUCUGUGAGUGCACCGACACCGCGCGGGGCGGCGAUGAGCUGUGACUGAGCGGGGAAACCGGCGGACGGUGAGGUGGACUAGUCAGGGAGAGCGGUGUGGGGUGGGUGACGGGGUUAUAUGUUACCGAAGUGUUCUGUGGAGAUUAUUAACUGUGGAACUGCUAUUGUCAGUUAUUGCACCGCUGUGCAGUGUUCAAUGUAAAUCGGGACUGCCCAAAACGUUUGUGAUAAACUACGAUUAAGUGUCACAGUUGUAAAUGUACAGUUGUACGCUUAAUCGUACAUCACAGUUCACUAUCUCCUCUUGUCAAUGUGUGCUGAACUGCUGAGGAUUGAGGGAAUGCUGAAUUGUGUGAAAUGUGGACUGUGAGGCCGUUACCUGGCCCACGUUCCGCUUCUUUCAAAGAUGCAUGAAUCCUCUCUCAAACUCGAGAUUCAUUUAUUAUUGCCGUUUUGAACUCUCGCAAAUACAAGUGCAAUGCUCAGGACUUCAGAA